AUGGCUGGACAAAAUGAUCGUACGAUAGCGGAUGCUCUUCAAGCCUUAGCUCAGGCUAUAGGGAAUCCAAACAGGGGAGAAGCUGGUGGAGUUGUUGAGUACCAGGGGUUGGAUCGCUUCCAACGAAACAAUCCUCCUUCUUUCAGUGGGGGAUACAACCCUGAUGGUACUCGGAACUGGAUAAGGGAAAUUGAGAAAAUUUUUCGAGUUAUGGCAUGUCCGGAGGGGCAAAAGGUUGCUUUUGGUACAUAUACUCUAGCAGAAGAAGCUGAGUAUUGGUGGGAGAAUACUCGCCAAUGCCUAGAGGCUGAAGGUCAAAAUGUGACCUGGGAUGUCUUCAAGAGGGUAUUUUUGGAGAAAUACUUUCCUGAAGAUGUUAGGAACAAGAAAGAGAUGGAGUUCUUGGAGAAAUACUUUACAAUGAUGGCAUAA